AUGACGGCUGUCGUUGCGCUGACCAUCUCGGCCGACGAGCGCCGUGAACUCAACCGCGACUUGACGCUCUGGCAACAGAAGUUUGGUCAUGACGACCACGUGCGCGCAGCCAUGAAGAUGGUGCGAGGUACCUUGACGACAAACGAUCUUCUUCGGCGCUUGAAGGCGACCAAGGACAAGCUUCCCACUUUGCAAGCGGCCAACCCGCACGCCACUUUUAGCCACUUGACCAAGUUUGCGCUGCUCACGGACAGUGAGUUUGCGCGGUUCGUGUCGGGUUCAGCGUCGAUGCCAGCCAAGUCACCUGCUUCGUCGCUACAUACCAACCGUUCGACUCGCAGCGCACUCGGCGGCGCCGUCGUCUCCACGGUCGACUGGACCAAGCAAUCGGUCUGUGUGCCGCCGGUGAGGCACACGGGCCAAUGUCGAAGCGAUUGGGCGAUCGCAGCGGCGGCGGCCGUGUCGUCCGCGCACUGUCUUGCGACCGGCGACGCGAUCAACCUCUCAGUGCAACAAGUGCUGAGCUGCACGUCGCCUGACGGGCCCGACGGCUGCUAUUAUGGGACGGACUACCCGGGCAUGAAGUGGCUCGUGUCGCGAACCAACUCGUUGUGCUCCGAGUGGGCGAUCCCCUACGUCUCGGGCAAGACCGGAUUGGCGCCGAUCUGCAGCGACAGCUCCAAGUGCGCCGGGUCCAUCUCGCUCCAAGUCGGCGCCGUCGUCGAAGGUCAAGGCGAGGCUUUCCUCGUCGAUUCGCUUCGAAAGCAACCCGUCAUGGCGUACGUAGCGGCCACGAGCGACCAGUGGCGACUGUACGUUCGCGGUAUCCUCUCGUGGUGCCCACCGACAACGUAUGUUAACCAAGCCGCGCUCGUCAUCGGCUACGGCGCCGAGGACUUUGGCUUUGGCACCGCGCCGCUCGGCUUCUUCAAGGUGCGCAAUGUCUGGGGCACCGCGUGGGGCGAAGCCGGCGACAUUCGGCUCCAGCGCAAUCUCGACAGCACCUUUGGCACGUGCAACGUCUCGACGCGGCUGUCGUUCCCGACGCUCAUCCUUUGA